AUGAAAGAUUUUGUGGUUGUUGUGAUUCUAAAGAUGCAUACAACUACCUUUGUUACUUUUGAUCCUAAGAAUUUCAAUUAUGUUGGUUCUAUUUUGAAGGUGAUGCUACCUAGAGUUCCUUUUGAUAAUGAUAUUAUCAAAGCUUACAGGGAAAUUCCAAAUUCAGGUGUUCGAGAAAUUCCUGCCUCUUUACAAGCAGCUCUUGCAACUGUUGAUGCUCUAAAAAAGGAGGUAAAAAAAAUUGCAAGCUACUGUGGUUGUAUUAAAGAAAACGAAGCGACAAAGAAAGCCAAAGAAUAUAUGAGCUAUGAUUGA